AUGGCUGGAGCUAUACGCCAGCCUAUCGACAUCCCGUCGCUGGAGCGAUAUCUGAACCAGAACUUACCCAUCAUCAAGACCCCGAUUGAUCUGAAACAGUUCGGCUUCGGACAAUCCAACCCAACCUACCUUAUCACCGGCGCCGACAAACACCAAUUCGUGCUGCGCAAGAAACCCCCAGGCAAGCUCCUGUCGAAGACCGCGCACCAGGUCGAACGAGAAUACAAGAUCAUCCAUGCGCUGGAGCAGACUGACGUCCCCGUGCCCAAGGCAUACUGCCUGUGCGAGGACAGCAGCGUGAUCGGCACCCCGUUCUACAUCAUGGAGUUCCUGGAUGGGCGAAUGUUCACGGAUCCCGCCAUCCCGGGCGUCAGCGCCGAGGAGCGCACAGCCUUAUGGCGCGAUGCCGUGCGCACGCUCGCCAAGUUCCACCGGGUCAUCCCCAAGUCGGUCGGGCUAGAACGCUUCGGCAAGCCGGCGGGCUACUACGACCGGCAGAUCGCGACGUUCACGGCGGUGUCGAACGCGCAAUCGAAGGCCGUGGACGUAGAGACACACGAGCCGGUGGGCGAGCUGCCGCACUUUAUGGAUAUGGUGCGGUUCUUCUCGACCAAGGCGACGCAGCCGGAGGACCGGGGCACGCUGGUGCACGGCGACUACAAGAUUGACAACAUGAUCUUCCACAAGACGGAGCCGCGGGUGAUCGGCAUCCUAGACUGGGAGAUGGCGACGGUCGGGCAUCCGCUGUCGGACUUCUGCAACCUCACCAGCCCGUACUUCCUCGACGGAACGGACCACAAGACGGCGGACUUCCAGCCCGGCGCGACACCGGGCCUGCCGAGGCGCGCGGACUGUCUGCGAUGGUACGCCGAGGUGGCCGGGUGGGAUCCCACGCCGGAUAUCCUGUGGGGGGAUGCGUUCUUCUCGUGGAGGAGCUCAGUGAUCAUGCAGGGGAUCGCGGCGCGGUAUGCGCUACGGCAGGCCAGCAGUGCGCGGGCGCAGGAGUAUGCGAGGAAGACGAAGCCGUUUGCGCUGGAGGCGUGGGAACGGGUCAAGAAGGUCCAGGAGCAGGUGCAAGUGCGCCAGAGGGGGAAGCUAUAA